UAAACUAGUGUAACGGUGUAAACCGAUUUCACAACCUGACUUCUCGGCACCAUAGCCGUUUCCCCUCAGCAGCGCGGACAGCCGCAUGGCCCCAUAUAUCACCAAAGAGAACGGACAGACACUUGACAUCUAAUAAUUUAACUCACCUAAUAAUACACCAAAAACUCGCAUAAGCAAAAGAAAAAGGCCAUACCAAAACUUCAUCAAGCCGAUCGAAUCCGCGCAGUCUGAGUUAUAUUCCAAACACGUCCAAAUAACAAGCGUUGCUAAUAAAUUCAUUUUUUUAUGAAUUUAAUUAUCAGUUACCAAGAAACCACAGGGAGUCGGAAUUAGCCCCCGCUAAACGUGCGAUCAUUUCCAUUUCCGCAACGACAAGAGAAAAUAGCAAAUGUUAGCCACCGUAGCCAUGGUCAUCGUCGGCCUAUGGAUGGGCUGCAGCGGCGGUGGUCAUCAGCAAGCAAGUGCGGUUGACGUAAUUCUGUACACCGCCGCCUGCAACGACAAGGAGUUUCCGGCGGGGGAUACGACGUCGUUUGGGUGUGCGGAGGGCCUGCUUGGACAUUUGAUUGACAUGGGCCCCGUGACUAGUAGCGGCAGCCAGAGUGAUGAUACCGUAACUUGCAGCGGGGGCGGCGGAAGAGUGAGGAUCAGAGGUUGGGUAGAGACAGGCGCCGGGCUGUCUCCCGACGACACGCUCAGGUGCCGUCGCGAGGCGAUGGGUGUGCUCCAUGACCGAUGCUACAACCGCGUCGGAGCUCGAGUGUGGAGGACGGACGGUGAGAAUCGACGAGUUUGUUUCAUUCAAUAUGAGAAACUGUUGUAAUGGCAUGGGCUCGCUGCCGUAUCAUUUCAUAUGAUUGAGGGAUUGUUGUGCUGGCAUCUUCACAUUAAAAAUUCGAAUUUUAUGACCAACAACAAAAAUAUAACAUGAGUUCUUCUAUGUGUAAUUCAGUACUACACGCUACCAUGAUCUGAGAAGUGAAAAGGGGUUUGUAUAAAUCAUUGAUGGUGUGGCUUAGAUGUUACAUAUCAGGGAACUGCCUACACCAUCUAAUCUCUGGGGACUUUACUACGAUGAUUUGGUUUAAAGUCCAAGUAAAACUUAUUUCGAGUC